UGAGAGCAUAUCUCUUUAUCUCUCUCCUUCAGUUCGGACUUUGAUAUCACCGAGGGAAGGGUCAAAGGUGUUUAAGAGAAGGAGACGUUAAAGUCUCCUGAAAUUCGUUGUUAGUCAUGGGGUUGUAAAUCAUGGGAGAAACCUCAGUCAUGGGAUGUGGAGGUCUUCUCAAAAUGGAAGGCGGCGGCCUCAUACCGAUGCCCGGCCAGUCCUCGGUGAUCCAUCAUCAAUCAAUUCAUCAUUCAAUUAUUCCCUCCAACCCUCCCCAUCUUAUCAGCAAUUCACAGAUAAUUUCCCCAUCAGCUGGAGAGUACACCUCCCUCCAACCUUCUCCUCAUCCUCCACAUCUCAUCAGCAACUCACAGCAUUUACUCUCCACCUCUCCUAUACAUGAGGUGCCAAGCGUCGUUAAUGAUGAACCUGAUCCUGGAGAUUCUGCACAAGUCAGCCAGAUGUACUCGUCCUGCGAUAUCUGUGGGGACAAAGCAACUGGGAAACAUUACGGAGCAUCCUCGUGUGAUGGGUGUAAGGGAUUCUUCAGAAGAAGUGUCAGGAAGAAACAUGCUUACAGCUGCAGAUUUAACAGAUUCUGUACAGUGGACAAGGAUAAGAGGAAUCAAUGCCGAUACUGCAGGCUUAAAAAAUGCUUUAAAGCAGGCAUGAAGAAAGAGGCAGUUCAGAAUGAAAGGGAUAGGAUAAGUACCCGACGGCAGCCUCCAGAGGACGGAUUAAACGGUCAAAACGGCCUCUCAGUUAAAACUUUGCUUAACGCUGAGGUCUUGUCAAGACAGGGAAAUAAUGCAUUUGAGAUUUGUCAUGAACUGAGCGAAUAUGAGAUUAAUACCAAGCGUCUAGCUUCUAUACCAGACAUAGGUGAGAGUAUGAAGCAGCAGCUCCUGAUCCUAGUGGAAUGGGCAAAAUAUAUUCCUGCUUUUAGCCAGCUCACUCUUGAUGAUCAAGUUGCCCUUCUUAGAGCUCAUGCAGGUGAACACCUACUGUUGGGGGUGGCACGACGCUCCUUGAAUUUGGAGAAUAUUCUCCUGCUUGGGAAUGAUAUGAUAAUACCUCGGGAUAUCCGGGACUGGGGAGCACCCUGGGUUACAGAAACACAGGAUCAUGUGGUGCGAGAUAUUGGAAUACGGGUUAUGAACGAACUUAUUGGACCUUUUAAGAUAACUCAAAUGGAUGAAACUGAGUUUGCUUGUUUAAAGGCAAUUGUCUUUUUUGACCCGAAUGCAAGAGGUCUAAAUGACGUUGAAAGGUGAAUAAAAAACUUGAAACUUGUAUUUUGUAAAUAAUUGUAAGACUAU